AUGACAAGUCUCAUUGACGCAUGCCAAGAAGGAAACCUUGCCCGCGUGCAGCAGUUGCUGUUGGACGGUGAUCCAAACAACGGAGGGCUAAAACCAGAUCCCAACGAACCAGAUGACCAGGGUCGAACGCCCCUGCUUUGGGCCUGUGCGAAGGGGCACCCACAAAUCGCUCGGCUGCUCGUUGACGUGAACGCUGACCCCAACAAGGCCUCACCUCUGAGCCUCAUGGCGCCGCUGUAUGUCGCGAGCAACCAAGGACAUGUUGCAAUCGUGCGAAUGCUUGUCGAGGCUGGAGCUGACAUCAGCCAAAUAGAGGGUGAUGGUGAGACCCCGCUGUUCGCGGCGUGUCGAGGAGGACAUGAGGAGAUUGUGCGGUUCCUUGCUGAGAAGGGAUCUGACGUCAGCCAGCCAGACAAUGACGGCACGACUCCACUGCUCGUCGCAUGUCACGGGGGCCACGAGGCAGUGGCGCGCUUUCUCGUCGAGAAGGGAGCAGGCGUCAACAGGGCCACGAACAAUGGCACAACACCCAUGUUCGUUGCGAGCCAGAACGGCCACGAGGAGAUUGUGAGGUUCCUUGCUGGCAAGGGAGCUGAUGUCAACAAGGCAACCGAAGAUGGUGCAUCACCGCUUCACAUUGCAAUCCAAAACGGCCAUGAGGGGAUUGUGCGGUUCUUGAUUGAAAAGGGAGCAGACAUCAACAAGGCGACCACUGAUGAAGCAACACCCAUUUUCGUUGCCAGCCAGAACGGCCAUCUUGGGAUUGUGCAGCUUCUUGCUGACAAGGGAGCCGACAUCAAGCAUGCGAUCGACGAUGGUGCAACGCCGCUAUUCAUCGCCAGCCAACGUGGUCACGAGGCUGUUGUGAAAUUUCUCGCUGAGAAGGGUGCCGACAUCAACCACGCAACCUUUUCGGAUGCAACGCCACUGGCCAUGGCAUGUCUCGAAGACCACGAGGAGAUUGCACGUUUCCUGAUUGAGAAAGGGGCUGAUGUCAACAAGCCCAUGGACAACGGGGCAUCGCCGCUGCUGACUGCCUGCUUCAAUGGCCGCGAGACAAUUGUGCGGCUGUUGGUCGAGAAAGGAGCCGACAUCCAUCAUGCAGACAACGAUGGCGGAACACCGGUGUUCAUUGCCAGCCAACAAGGGCACGAAUCGAUCUUACGAUUCCUCGUUGAACAAGGAGCUGGUAUCAUGCAGGCCACUGACGCCGGUGCCACGCCACUGUACAUUGCUGCCCAAAGUGGCCACGAGGAGAUUGUGCAGUUUCUCAUUCAGAAGGGCGCUGACGUCAACCAAGCGGACACUGAUGGUGCAACACCGCUGCGUGUCGCAAGCGAAGAGGGUCACGAGGCGAUCACUCGAUUUCUCGUUGAAGAGGGAGCCGACAUCCACCGCUCAGGAGAAGAGGGCGCUACACCGCUGUUCAUUGCAUGCCUCCAAGGCCACGAGGGAAUUGCGCGCUUUCUGGUCCACAAGGGUGCUGACAUCAACAAGGCGACAAACGACGGGUCAACGCCCCUGCUUAUUGCGAGCAAGAAUGGCCACGAAGACGUUGUUCGGUUCCUCAUAGAAAAGGGAGCUCUGGUCCACGAGGCCGACGACGAAGGAGCAACGCCACUACUUGUUGCAUGCCAACAUGGCCACGAGGGUAUUGCGCGAUUCCUUGUGGAGAAGGGCGCUGGCGUGAACCAGGCGAUGACCAUUGGUGCAACACCCCUCUUCGGUGCAAGUCAGAGUGGCCACGGGGAGAUUGUGCGUUUUCUCGUUGCAGAAGGAGCCAACAUCAACGAGGCCAGGAAUGAUGGCGCGACACCGCUGCUUGCUGCGGUUCAUCGUUGUCACGAUGAAGUUGCACAGUUUCUGAUCGAGCAGGGAGCUGCCAUCAACCCAACAACCGACCAUAACACAACACCACUGCUCCUUGCGAGCCACGCGGGUCAGGAGACGAUUGUGCAGCUUCUCGUGGAGCAUGGGGCUGAUGUCAACAGGGCAACGAAUGACGGAGCAACGCCACUACUUGUUGCAUGCCAACAUGGCCACGAGGGUAUUGCGCGAUUCCUUGUGGAGAAGGGCGCUGGCGUGAACCAGGCGAUGACCAUUGGUGCAACACCCCUCUUCGGUGCAAGUCAGAGUGGCCACGGGGAGAUUGUGCGUUUUCUCGUUGCAGAAGGAGCCAACAUCAACGAGGCCAGGAAUGAUGGCGCGACACCGCUGCUUGCUGCGGUUCAUCGUUGUCACGAUGAAGUUGCACAGUUUCUGAUCGAGCAGGGAGCUGCCAUCAACCCAACAACCGACCAUAACACAACACCACUGCUCCUUGCGAGCCACGCGGGUCAGGAGACGAUUGUGCAGCUUCUCGUGGAGCAUGGGGCUGAUGUCAACAGGGCAACGAAUGACGGCGUGUCGCCGCUUUGGAGCGCCUGCAUCAGCGGCCACGAGGCCAUCGUGAGGUUUCUGGUCGAGAAAGGAGCCAACAUCCACCAGGCUGCGAACAUGGGUGCAACACCGCUGUUCAUUGCAUGCCAGACAGGCCACGAAGGAAUUGUGCGAUUUCUCGUCGAAAAUGGCGCCGAUGUGAAGCAGGCAACAGAGGACAAUGCAACGCCGCUGCAUACUGCAUGUAUCGAUGGCUACGUGGGGGUUGUGCAGUUUCUCAUUCAGAAGGGCGCCGACGUCAACCUAACGGACAAUGACGGACAAACACCGCUGUCCGUCGCGAGUUUGAACAAUCACGCUGACGUUGCGCAGGUGCUCAUUCAGAAGGGCGCUGACGUCGACAAGGCGAAGAAUGAUGGUAAGACGCCGCUGCAUAUUGCCAGCUCUGAAGGUCACGCCGAGGUUGUUCGCCUGCUGCUUCAAUCAGGCGCCAAUGCAGCCGCCAAGCAUCCGGAGACUGGCCACACUGCUCUUGACUUCGCGCGCGAGGAAGAGCAUGACGACAUUGUUGCCAUUCUUUCCACGCCACAAGUAUCGUCAUCGCGUACAUUCCGCGUGGCCCGCUGA